AUGAUGUUUGGCAUGAUGCAUCAUGUCCGUUUGUACAGAGCCACCGUGGCAGAGAAGUUCUUGAUGAACCGCCGGUACCAUCCCACCAAGCCCGAAAAGGACUUGACCUACUUCUGGGUCGUUGGCUGCUCCCUAGCUCUGAUAGCUUCCGUUGAGUCCAAAAGGCAUCCUAGUAAUAUGGCUGCUCAGAGCGCAAAAGUGGUUCUGUCGCUAGAAGCUGAGGCGGUGGCCUCACUCAAGGAGGGGAUCAAUUUCAAGAAAAACCCAGAGAAUGGCAUCUGCUACAUCAUAUACAAGAGCAACAAUGGCUUUAAAGCAUGCAGGAAUCAGUGCAAACAUCAGGGGGGGUUGUUCAUCAGAGACAUCGAGGACUUGGAUGGCAGGAAUGUCAAAUGCACAAAGCACAACUGGAAAUUAAAUGUUUCAACAAUGAAAUAUGUGAACCCACCUGACAGCUUUGCGCAAGACGAACUUGAGAUAGAGAUGUUGGAUGAUGGUGGGCUUCAGCUGUUGGAGCUGAACCCUCUUGAUCCUUGGCUGGCUGACCCUAGAGAGCCACUGGAGCUCGAGGAAGGAGAAGUAAAGAUAACAUACAUCACCCAUGCCUGCAUGGAGCUUCAGCUUGGGCAGAAGCGGAUCGUGUUCGACCCUUGGUUAAUGGGUCCUGCGUUUGCCAGAGGCUGGUGGCUUCUCCACGAGCCUCCAGACGAUUGCCUGGACAGACUGUGUGCAGCAGAUCUCAUCUACAUCAGCCACAUGCACUCUGACCACCUCAGUUACCCAACUCUGAAAGUCUUGUCAGAGAGGAGACCAGAUGUCCCUAUUUAUGUUGGUGCAACGUCCAGACCAGUCUUUUGGUAUUUGGAGCAAAGCCAAAUCAAGCUGACGAAUAUAAACGUCACUCCUUUUGGUGUGUGGCAGAAUAUUGAUGACCACCUGAGAUUCAUGAUUCUAAUGGAUGGUGUACAUCCUGAAAUGGACACCUGCAUCAUUGUUGACUACAAGGGUCACAUGAUCCUGAACACUGUUGACUGCACCAGGCCAAAUGGGGGCAGACUACCACAAAAUGUGGACCUGAUGAUGAGUGACUUUGCUGGGGGAGCGUCUGGAUUCCCCAUGACCUUCUAUGGGGGGAAGUACAGUGAUUCGUGGAAGGCAGAAUUUAUUCAAACUGAAAGGAGGAAGUUGCUCAAUUACAAAUCUCUGCUGGUAAAAUCAUUGCAACCAAGGAUCUACUGCCCAUUUGCUGGCUAUUUCGUGGAGGCUCAUCCAUCAGACAAGUACAUUAAGGAAACAAAUGCUAAAAACCAAGCAGAGGACCUCAACGCGCUUAUCAACAAGAUUGCACCGGACAUUAAAACAUGGACACCCAAGCCAGGAGCUGUGCUGGAUCUUGGCCUUGCUCUGAAAGAGCCACAUAGCAGUGAAGCCAUCACUGAUCCCCCUGCAAAUGCAAAAGUCUUCAAGGACUCCUGGGAGUUUGAGUUGUAUGUGGACGAACUGAACAGCGCCAUUAGCAGUGAGAUAUUUAAACAUCAGAGCUGGAUCCAGUUUUACUACACCUGGGCAGGCUUUAAAAACUACAACCUUGUGGCUCGGAUAACUGAAACAAAUGACAACUUUGAGCCCCUUACUGAUGGCUAUGACUAUCUGGUGGACUUUUUGGAUCUGUCCUUCCCCACUACGAGGCCAAACAGAGAGCACUCUUACCUGGAGAUCAAAAACCGCGUUGGGGUGAUGAGGUACGUGGUGCUGCAUGGGCGCCUCUGGGAUGACCUGUACAUUGGCUUUCAGAACCGCAUCAGCCGAGACCCGGACAUCUACCACCACAAGUUCUGGAAUCACUUCCAGACAGAGCUACCACUUUGCAAGCCAGAUUGGGAUCUGUUUCUGCAACAGGUGGUCCCCGUUGAGGAAACACGGAUAGCUUUUGAUGAACUGGGGAUACUGACCUACUGUACAGUGUUAUAAAUACAAAUCGCAGGUUUAUUGGCCAAAAUUAACCAAUUUCUUGGGUUUGUUUGGUUUUUUUUCUGUGCGUAGUUGAUUGUCUCUGUGCAGUCCUGUAACAGACUACAAAGCAUGACUACAGCUCCCAAGGUUCCUACAUUGAUGAACUUAUGCCAUCCACCUAUGAUUAAGCCAUUCCACCAAUCAGGAGGAGCAACACGAGCCAGGAGUCCAGGACCUGGGGAACAUAUUGUUACCACCCUGUUCCCACGCCUGUGUGUACAUUUGGAAGUUACUGUUUUGAAAACUGUGCUGGGGCACUUUAUUUUGUCUGUUUGGAAUAAUUCUGUUUUGGUUGGUAUGAACUGUUUAAAGGAAGUUUUUCCUUGCCUGUGUCGCCUAGUGCUUGCUCAUGGUGGGAAUUGUUGGGUUUCUGUAAUUAACUUCAGAGUAGGGUCUGUAGGGUCUUUUAAUUCAAUAGAAAAGCUAUAAGGCUAUAAAUGCUAACUUUUAACAUACCUAUAUAACAUCAAUGUUUCAUGAUUAAAUUUAAAUUUGAUAUGCACAAAUCAGUAGUUUUUGAAAAAGAAAUAAUAUUCACCUUUACUAUGUGUAACUGAAUUUUCAAAUUUUAGAUUCAGAUUGUGAAGUGC